AUGAAUUCAACUUGGCUGAAAUUUAUUCUUCUGAUUGUGAUGUUUGCUGUUACUUUUGGUGCGGGGAUGGUACCAGUAAAAGUGCUUAAAAUUCUCCGCAAGCAUGCAGCCUCAGCAUCUACAUCUACGAAACAGCGAAACGUUUCCUUGGUGCUUUGUUUACUUACUUGUUUUUCUGGUGGUGUUUUCUUCGCCACAUGUUUUUUGCAUCUUUUCCCGGAACUUACUGAACAUCUUCAUGAGAUGAAACAAGAAUAUGGAUUUUCCGUAUCGUAUCCUCUAGCUGAAUUACUGUCGUGCGUAGGAUUUUUCCUUCUAUUUUUUGUUGAAGAAGUCAUUUUAUUUCUUAUACCUGGUGCUAGCCAUUUGCAUGGUCCGGCAGGUGAUCAGAUUGCUGAAGGAUUCUAUGAACGAAGUCAUGAUGCCGAUCACUGUUGCCAUGAAAGUGUUAACGUCGGUGCUCCUUCGAAAACUUGCUUAUCAUGUGGUCCGAAAGACGAAGAUUCAUCUAGCAAAGGAUUGCUAUGUGCAACAAAUUCAUCGAAUCGAGCACCAGCAGGUGGUCAGCGUGUUAACAAAGGACCGGAUUAUGGACAUCCUGUAGAUGGAAAAGACUCAACGCCUUUACUUCAAAAAUAUACGUGCGGUGAAUAUGGUACUGUUUUGCGGAAAUCUUGUGGUCAGGAAUCACCAGGCAAACGAAAAGCUUUAACAUUGGCAGAACCAGAAGCGUGUGAACGAAACUGUGAUAAUGUUAAAGAAGAUCCACCAAUUUUGAUGAAAAGUCGUCCUCAUGCUCACAGCCAUGGUGUACGUAGUAUCACAUUCGUCCUGGCAAUAUCAUUUCAUUCAAUUAUUGAAGGUCUCGCUUUCGGUGUUCAGACUGAUAAUGCUCGAAUUGCGACAUUAUUUAUAUCGUUGAUGGUACACAAAAUCAUUGUGGCAUUUUCGGUUGGUCUGCAAUUGGGCCGCACUCACGCACAUGCUUUAGGUUGGGUAUGCCUGAGUAUGGGCCUUUUUUCGAUCAUGUCACCUGUUGGUGGUUUUAUUGGUACAUUUGUUCAAAACUCCCAAAUGGACACAGAAGUGAAGGCUUUGACUAUACUUAUUUUUCAAGGAGUUGCUGUUGGCACAUUCAUUUACGUCACAUUUUUUGAGGUUUUGUUACACGAACGAGAUAACGAGCAUCCGAAUCUUUUAAAACUUAUUUUUAUGUUGAUAGGAUUUGCAUUGAUCGGUGGGCUUCGGCUUUUUGACAAUCAUUCGCAUGAAUAUUCUCAUGGAUCUCUUCAAAACCAUGGAACUUUUGUCAUCACCUCAACCCCAUAG